GGUAAUGUUUUUUGGCCAUAUGCAGGAACACUGUUGUAUUUGAAGACGUUAAAUGAAGAUAUGGCUUUCAGAAGUGCUUGCACAAGGGAAGACGUGAGCAAGCUUCCUGUUUAGCACCUGGAGCAGAUGCCUUCACUCUUCCGUUUCUUGAAGUAGGUGGAGGUGGAGCGAAACAAUCGAGCAGACUCUGCACAAUCUGCUACUGUUCACCGCACCCAACCUGUCAUGUGGCGCUCCUCGGCAUUCGACCGCACAGAUCUCCGUGCACGUUUGUGUGCGCCGUUUUGUUAUUGCAUGUUGUAGUCGGUUGCUGGUACAGUUGGAGAUUGGCGCGUGGACUGCCGCGUGUUUUAUCUCUAGUCAGAGCCACUCGAGUGAGUCUGACGGUGCUCAGGCCCUUUGCUGUGCCACAUGGAUAGAAUGUCUAGCGGGAUGCUAUGGGUUCUCGGUGUCCUCCUGUGUCUGUGUGUGUUUUGCCAAGGUCGAGCAGAGACUUCCGUUGGCUGUACAGUCUGUGUGAAAGCGUCGGUGCUGUGCCCCACCAUGAAGCGUGAGGAGAAGACUCAUAAACUCCUGAAGAAUGGACAGCAGCUGCAUUUGGUGAACUACCACAGCAAACAGAACCAGUCCCGGAAGGUCCUCGACAACAGCGAGGUUAGCCAGCAUUAUAUGAACCAAUCGGAUAAGAGCUCUUACUUUGAGAUCUCCCAGCUGAACCUCAACUCUUCUGGGCUGUAUACCUGCGAGGUCUGCGCCAUCUACCCACCACCGAUCUCUUGUAAAGAGAACUCAACAGCUGUCGUGUUCACUGAGCACACCUGUCCUGCCGAGGACCCCCCCUGUCCGGGGAACGCCAGCUCCCCCACCUCCCCACCCAAGAUCAGGUCUUUCACUGACCAAACCAGCAUCCCUCUACUGGUGGCAUUCGGGUUGGUUACCCUCUAUGGUCUCGUCCUCACCCCUGUCACCAUCAAAUUCUGGAGAACAUCGAGGAAGUCACAAUAUGAAGAUCACGACUACAUAAACAUGAGACUGUUCGGCCGACGGAAGUUCAACGGAGUCCAGCACCCAGUCCACCUAGGAAAACAUUAAUGUGCAACGUCAGCAUGGAAAUGCUUGCGGAAGGCCAUUCCUCCACCCUUAGGGAAGCAUCAGUAACCUGUACAAGCCUCAUGUCAUGCACAAACUGACAAAAAUCUAGUUUGGCUCCUGGGGAGUAUGUGGUCUAGUGACAAACCAGGGUAAGUUAACGCAGAAUACGUGGUAAACCUCCUAAUAGAGGAGCCCUAUGCCUUUGUUUUGCUUGGAAUAUGAAGCUUCUAUUGGAAGGUUUAGGCUACCUACUCUGAGUUACUCUGAGGUUUGUCACUAAACCACGUUCUUGGAAUACCCGCCUGGUGCGACUGUGGUGUGUUGAUAUGAUUCUGUGGGCGAGUCUGCUCCAUUAGAGUCAUCAAAAAUGGCCUUAACAAUCCACUGAGCUCACUUACCUGUGAAUCAAGUAUGGGUUCUGAUUCAAAAUAAUGACUGUUCCUGAGAAUAAAAGCCUAAUGUGUAGGUAAGGAAUAGGCCUAAUUGUCAAGUAGGCCUACCUUUGUGUGUAUAUUUAUCUGUGUAUUUUAUCCAUGUGUUUGUGUAAAAUCAUUUAUUUCCAUUUUAGAAAUAGUUUCUGAUAGGUUUAUGUCUCAACAUGGUUUGUAUGUAUUUGCAUUUUUGCGAUUUUCUGGAAGCAACCAACACAUGCUAAUUUAACAAGUUCUGACUAUGUCAUUUGACAGUCUAACAAUGUGGUUAAAAGUGAAAACAUUUUACACAGACUUGUUAUCUAUGUGUUUGCCACGAAAGGAAGUCUGUGGGGAGGUUUUCUCGACGCAGUGAGACCCCUCUUCUGCUUAGUUUGUCAGCCACCCCCAAAGCCCCAACCAAUAAUACAUGUCAAACUGCAACCAGAGGGCUAUUCCAUCCAAUCGUGGCUUAUUUUAAAGUCUCAAUAAUUGAAGUGAGAGUUCCGUUCCAUUACUGUGGCUUAGAGGAUUCCGUGAGCAGUAACCAAGGUAAUUUAUAUCGCUAAACUAGCCUGCUGCUUGUUAAUUCAGCUGUGUUUCAGGGGUUAAAUCGGGGCCCAUGACUCAUAAUCACAUUUCAGGGCUUGAACAAAUGGGACUCAAUGCUACUCUUUGCCUGUAUAGGCCUACUUGAUUAAAGCUUAUUGAUGAAGGCCAAUUACAUUUCUGUUAUUAAAAAUGGUUCAUGACUGAUCAA